UCAGGAUUGACAGUAAAAACACCUAUGAAAGAUGGCUUUAAUUGAUUUUCUCAUGCUGUUUCCCACAACAUGGACAGAUACACAGAUGUUGCUCCUGUUUUUUAUUGUCUUUCUUCUGGUUUUUGGCCAAGUGAAGAACAGAAGGCCCAAGAAUUUCCCUCCAGGUCCCACACCUUUACCCUUUCUCGGCAAUUUCUUCAGUCUGGACCAUAAUCAGCUCCACAUUCAGUUGACCAAGCUGUCCGAUAAGUAUGGUAACAUCUACAGCUUGCAGCUGGGUGGAAUACAUUUUGUAGUGGUGAAUUCCUAUACAAUGGUAAAGGAAGCGCUUGUUGAUCAAGCAGAGACCUUCUCUGACCGUCCACCCAACGCCGUCUUCCAGAAAAUCAACAAGUGUCAAGGUAUAGCCUUUAAUAAUGGCUACAGCUGGAAGCAGCACAGACGUUUUACUCUCAGCACUCUCAGGAACUUUGGUUUGGGAAAAAGGAGCCUGGAGUCCAGCAUCUCAGAGGAGUUCAACUUUCUGCGCCAGGCCAUCGUCAACAUGAACGGGGAACCUUUUGAUCCUCAUUAUGUUAUCAACAACGCUGUCUCAAACAUCAUCUGUUCUUUGGUGUUUGGCAGAAGGUUUGAGUAUACAGACCGGAGGUUCCUGAGCAUGCUCAAUCUGAUUUCAAAAUCCCUUAAACUGGAAGGAUCACAGUGGGCACAACUCUACAACUCAUUCCCUCGCUUUAUGGACCUUGUCCCCGGACCCCAUAAAGAAAUGUUCUCAUAUUUUCAAGAACUGCAUGUUUUUCUGAGAGGAGAGAUUGAAAAGCAUCUUGCAGAAUGGGACCCCUUGUCACCCAGGGAUUUUAUAGACUGCUACUUUAGUGAGAUUGAGAAGAGGAAAGAUGAUCAGGAGGCAGGAUUUCAUUCUGAGGGUUUGUGCCACACUGUUCUGGACCUGUUCAUGGCAGGGACUGAAACCACCUCAACCACUCUACUGUGGGGCUUCAUAUAUAUGAUGAAGUACCCUGAAGUCCAAGAAAAGGUGCAGGCAGAGAUAGACAGAGUGAUUGGACACUCACGCCAACCCAGCAUGGCAGACAGGCCCAACAUGCCCUAUACUGAUGCGGUCAUUCAUGAGAUCCAGAGGAUGGGCAACAUUGUGCCUCUGAAUGUUCCAAGGAUAACCAAUAAACACACAACACUAGGGGGAUAUUACAUACCAAAAGGUACGAUUGUCAUACCUAACCUGACCGCAGUGCUGUUUGAUGAGACCCAGUGGAAGUCUCCUCAUUCAUUUGACCCUCAGAACUUUCUCAACACUCAGGGAGAGUUUGUUAAACCUGACGCUUUCCUUCCCUUCUCAGCUGGGAAAAGAGUUUGCCCUGGUGAAUCACUUGCUCGCAUGGAGUUGUUUAUUUUCUUCACUUCUCUCCUGCAAGCUUUCACUCUCACCUCUCCAGAGGGAACCAAACCUACUUUGGAGUUUGAAUUUGGUGUGACACUCUGUCCAAAGCCUUUUAGAAUCAAUGCUAGUCCCCGGAUACAGCCACUUUCUGAAAAGGACUAAAGACCCGCCGAUUCAGUGAGUCAAAAAAAGGGAAGGGUCUCUUAAAAUAGUUCCAUUAUAUAUGUUUCAUUUCAUCCUUGUAUGUCAGUGUCUGUUGAUGGUGGAAUAUGUUUACCUUUUAUUGAAUCUUCUCAUUUCACUCAAGUAAAAUAGACUGUUAAUUUAA